AUGUUAAAUGCAGAAAGUCACCUAGGAACCUUGCAGUUCCAGAUUCUGGAACUGGAGCGUGCUCAACAGGUUCUCAGCACCGCGGCCGAAGCAGUGACUGACUUUCUUGGCCAAAAGGUGAUCCACGUGCGAUGGGCUCUCCGGAUUGCACCUCCUCCCUCUCGGCUCCAGACGGCGCACGUAAGGGGAAAAUUUGCAGUGGUGAGGAAAUGUAUAAAGAAAGACUCUGGGAAAGAAUUUGCUGCAAAGUUCAUGAGAAAAAGAAGAAAAGGCCAAGAUUGUCGGAUGGAAAUAAUUCAUGAGAUCGCUGUUCUUGAACUAGCACAGGACAAUCCUUGGGUCAUUAAUUUACAUGAAGUCUAUGAAACGCCAUCAGAAAUGAUCUUAGUUCUGGAAUAUGCUGCUGGAGGUGAAAUCUUUGACCAGUGUGUUGCAGACCGGGAUGACGCUUUUAAAGAAAAAGAUGUGCAAAGACUCAUGAGACAAAUUUUAGAAGGUGUUCGCUUUUUACAUACUCAUGAUGUAGUUCAUCUUGAUCUGAAGCCUCAGAAUAUUUUACUGACAAGUGAGUCUCCAUUGGGUGACAUCAAGAUCGUCGAUUUUGGCCUUUCAAGAAUAAUGAAGAACAAUGAAGAGCUCAGAGAAAUUAUGGGAACUCCUGAGUAUGUGGCUCCAGAAAUUCUUAGCUAUGAUCCUAUCAGCAUGGCAACAGAUAUGUGGAGCAUUGGCGUGUUGGCGUAUGUCAUGCUUACAGGGAUAUCGCCCUUCUUAGGGGAUAACAAACAAGAAACGUUCUUGAACAUCUCCCAGAUGAAUUUAAGUUAUUCUGAAGAAGAAUUUGAUGUUGUGUCAGAGUCAGCCAUUGAUUUCAUCAAAGCACUUUUAGUUAAAAAACCUGAAGAUCGAGCCACUGCUGAGGAAUGUCUAAAACACCCCUGGUUAACACCGAGCUGUAUUCAGGGUCCUUCUCUCAAGGUGAAAGGAUCACUAGACGAGGCAACUGCUCUGGAAGAAGGUGAUUCUGUACCUGAAAUUCAUUCCGAUGCGGAGAAGCCAGAAACGGAGGAAGCCAUUCUAACUGAGGAGUUGAUUGUAGUUACUUCAUAUACUUUGGGACAAUGCAGACAGUCUGAAAAAGAGCAAACAGAGCAAAAAGCCAUUUCCAAACGAUUUAAAUUUGAAGAACCUUUGCUGCAAGAAAUUCCAGGAGAAUUUAUCUACUGAGGAGUAUUUCCCUGCAGAACUUUCAAAUUCCAAAAUGUUAAUAUUCUUGAUGGACCUGAAAGUGGACAUAAGCAGCUGUCACUGGUGUAAACUAAAAUGACUUUGUCAACCUUAUGGAGUUCGGUGAGUCAAGCCAGAUUCAUGAAGUUGCCAGCCAGGUGGUUUAGCAGGUGAAAGUGAUCUGCUGCCGUGCUUUUGAGAAGGGAAAUGUUUGCACCUUUGUAUUCUCCACCCUGUUUCUCCAGAUUGAGAAUGUGUAUGCAAAGUUGUUUGUGUUCGCUCUCUUUAAAAAACCAGUAAAAGUGCCAAAAUUACACUUUUGUAAA